AUGAAACUCUCAAUUCUUUUCUACGGCCCGUUGAUGGCUCUCAUCCUUUCUACCAUGGUCAUCGCCCCUGGGCCUGCCCCGCGAUGUCCUACGUGCGAGGUCAAGGCCAUUCUUCUACCUCCUGAGGUCAGGAUCCGCCUCAAACUCCCACUGCAAGACCGUUGUGGAUACGUAGGGCUCAAAGGAUCACGUUGUCCUGUUGCCGACAGGGACAAAUCGUAUUAUGCCUGCCCCCGCUGCAUUACAGGCACCCGCAUAGACGACCGCUAUAUGAACCCCGUAUUCCGCAAAAACAAACAUGGAACAGCGAAAUCGUGUCACCCCGGCCACACAGAAUGGGUCGAUGGCGCCGAAUACGACGUACCUAAGGCGGAAAGAGUACUACCAUACUUUGACUUUCUCGGAUUGGACCAGGGAACAUCAUCAUCAUCAUACCGUUAA